CCUCUUCGCCAAUUUGAGUCCCUUCUCUCGUCUCUCUCUCUGAUCGAAAUGGGGGCAUUGGAUUAUCUCUCUAACUUUAUCACCAUUAGCGGCUCUCGUAAGAAGCGUAAACCACUGCAGACUGUGGAGAUCAAGGUCAAGAUGGACUGUGAAGGUUGUGAAAAAAAGGUAAAGGACGCUGUCUCUUCCAUGAAAGGAGUGAGAAAGGUGGAAGUGAACAGGAAACAACACAAGGUGACUGUGAGUGGAUACGUGGAAGCAAAUAAGGUGUUGAAGAAGGUCCAAUCGACGGGUAAAAAGAAGGCGGAGUUUUGGCCAUACGUUCCAUACAACUUGGUCUAUUAUCCCUACGCUCCCCAAUCCUACGACAAGAAGGCACCCGCCGGCCAUGUCAAGAAACUGGACUACGGACUCCCAAGCCCCACUACCACACAGGAACGAUACACCUCUCUCUUUAGCGACGAUAAUCCUCAUGCAUGCACCAUCAUGUGAACCACCUCUCUCUCUCUCUAGAGAACUUACUCUCUCUCCUCUCUCUCUCUCUCUCAUGUAUAAUUACUAAGUGCCCAAUAGUGAAAAUACUACAUCCAUGCCCAUCAACUA